CUAAACCCAACUCACUCACUCACUCACUCUUAGAAUGGUCCUUAAUUUUGUCCUGUAACAACAUCAAAAAAAUUAAAUUUACAAAACAUACGUAUAUUUUCCCUCGCUUUUUGAGAGGGCGUUACAAAAUGGAUUGCAGAAUAAAUCGACAUUGUCAUUAGUGCUCUACCUUUUACGGAAUCCCGCUUGAGAUCAUUUCACAACAAAACGUCAAUCUCUUGUUAAAAAUUUGGAUAUAGAGUUUACUGAAAAUAUUUGUCAUAUAGUGCGGCGGGGUAGCUCAGUUGAUAAAGUGUUCGCUGGUCAUGUCGAAAUCCCGGGUUCGAUUCCCCACAUGGGUAAAAUGUGAAAAGCUAAUUUCUGUUCUCUCCCGCCGUGAUAUUACUGGAAUAUUGCUAAAAGCGGCGUAAAAUCAUACUCACUUAGCUCACCUGUUAAAGACACUAGUAUUCGUCUGUAGUUAUUAUGUAAGUUCACAUCGCCUUUCUUGUGUGUCGGUACAAUCAAACAAUGCACCAAGAGUCAGGCAAAUAGGAACUAUCAAACAAAACAUUAAACAAAAUCUCAAUAUUAGGGACUAAUACGUGCUCAUAUAAAGAACUUCAUGAUCAGGUCCGGUUUUUGACAUGUAAUUACAUCUACAAUGGCUGCUAAUAUCUCAUUACUUACAUAGAGGUAAGACUCUUUAAGUACUUCUUUACCAUCUCACAGUUAAUACGAUUAUACAUGAUGAUUUAUAUUUGCGUAUUAUUUGUUAAAUUGCACUUUCAAAAAGUUCAGACUUAUAACCGUCGCUAAAUAACACCGUCUUGUUGCCUCAUCGGACCUAAAACUGUGUGGGACUUCAUGACACGCACUACCGCCCACACUUCCACAGGCCUUCACACACACUUCCAGUGGCGUUUGUGACAAAACGCAAUACACGCAUACAGAGGAAAGGAAUAUAAAAACUCCUCCAAUCUAUAAAAUCGGUAGAAGAUUCUUCAGAUUUCUGCCAUCACAAUGUGUACUCUGUUCGUUCUCUGCAUGGCCUGUUUAGGCGUGGAAGAAGGACUCAAACACAAAUGACCCACAUUCAAUGGCAGCCAACAACGCCCACUUUACCUUUACAACACUCGUAAAACUGUUUGAUGGUGUACAGGUAGACUGGGCGUCUGUGUAAAUACGUUCUCCACUGCGACUUCCAGUCCUGUAGUCGUGUACACGGAGCCUACAGUAUACACCACACCUUGAUUCAUGUAUGUACACUGUCCUAUAGCAACAUUAGUCGUAAUUACAGAAUAUCAAUCGAUGACAUUGCAUAUAUGUCAUAUCGACAUUUGUAUUGUAGAACAUAUAUGGUGUGAUUGUAACCUGUUACAAAGCUAUCAGCGGAUCUGCACAUUAAGUUAUUCUGACUGUAUUGUAUAUUUCAAAAGUGUAUUUGUUGCACUAUUCGAUACGUUUCCAACUCAGGUCUCUGUUAUCAGCAGAAUAUGUAACUAUACUAUUUAAAUACCACUGACAUCACGACGCUCUGCAUUCAAUGGUCGGCCAUUGAUUACUUUCCUGUUCAUACAAAGAUACCCUACCGUUGGCUGCUCAAGGUCGCGUGUGUUCAAUCAUCGUGAGAUUUUCAAAGGCGUGGGAUUGCUCGACCAUAGCAGUACUGAAGGUACAUUUCAUUUACUUCGUAAUUAUACCCUUUAGACUGAAGGAAGACUGUUACUGAUCUCAUGCUCCCCUGACUGACAGACCGUGUCCGAUCGCUACUGCUAAUGUCACUCGCACAGUCGACGUGCAGACUUAGGGUGUGCAUACAGGUGUACGUGCGUGCAACCAGGCGCUCAGUGACGUCAUAUUUGUAUAAAGCAUCUUGGACGAUGUCAGUUUGUGGCGUGUGUUAAUCAGAAAAUAAAAUCUGUGUGGUUUGACACGGGUAGCUUUUGUAAAGCAAGGUCCCAGCCUCCGUUAAUUAUUACCGGGAGGUCGUCAUACGAAUGUGAACGUAUGUUUUGUUUAUGUAGUGGGGAGGUCGCGCGGAUGGUUGUAGGGACCAGUUCAUUAACUUCAGGUAAGGGCACGGGAAUCAGUCAUUUUGUCGGGUUAUCUGUCGUCGUGUCAUUGAGGGAGUGUGAGUGUCGUUGGAAGCCGCUUUCAGCAAUAUUCCAGCAAUAUCACGGCAGGGGAUACCGGACAAUGGGCUUGACACAUUGUACCCAUGUGGGGAAUCGAACCCGAGUCUUCGGCGUGAUGAGGCAACGCCUUAACCACCAGGCUACCCUACCGCCUCUGUCUUAUAAGCCAAAGCGUAUUAUCAUUAUUAUUAUUUAUAUUUUUAUUAUUAUGUUUACGUGUGUGGUUGUAUGUGAUGUGAGUGUGAACAUGUCUUCGUGCAAGUGCCUGUGAAUCUGUUUUGCAUAUCUUAUUUCUAUAUAUUUUAUUCAUCUUAUACAUAUUUGACUUAUUGCCAAAUGAUAUGCAUUUUAUUGAAACAUGUUUAAAUUCGAAACAUGUUUACACGUGUUUAAAUUCUAAAAAUGUUCCAACAUGUUUAAAACCUAAACAUGUUUAGGUUAUGGGGAUUUUGUGUUUGGGUGGUGUUUAGGCUGUGAGACGAUAGCUCAUUUCAUGUGUUUAGACCUAAAUGCGUUCAGAUUGAACACUCCAAAUGUAUUCCGUUUAUCAUUUAAACACGUUCCUAAACAUGUUUAGAUCUAAACAUGUCUUGUCUGUGUUUAUAUUCUAAACACAUUUGUACAAUGUACACACGUGAAAUCGAAAAGAAAAGAUACCUCGCUCAUGUUUAGCCAAAGCUUUACACGAAAUACCAGCUGAACACUGCGUUUAUGGAAUUCAAUGUCCCCCCACAAUCGUCCUCCGUUACUGAACAUGUGCUUUAGAGUAUAUUAAAAAAUGUGACGAGUGUUUGUAUAAAUAAAGACGAUCUCCGGGCUGAAUACAUCCUGUAUGUUCUGAGGACGUCUUAGUCCUUGCUGAAUAAGGCACGCCCUUACAUAUUCGUACUUGUCAAGACUUCCCUGAAAAUUCCUGCGUCAGUCUAUACUAAAUUCCACACAGGCGCGUUCUCAUAUGGUUUGUCUGUGGUUGUUUAUAUCGCCUUUACGACCGUGGACUGUGUUUUAUAUGAGCAACACUAGACACAAUGAUCGGCUAAACGCUGACACAUUACCAUAUAAAAGCUCAGUCAGAUGUACAGAUACACUCCGAGUGGCAGCGUUACCCAGGAGACCGCGAGUUUCACUUUACCCCCGGAGUCCAGUAUCCAGGUCGGUGUGGUGUGUAGUUGUAGAUGUGACGGAAACAAUGCGCAGGUGGUCAUGUCACUGACCUGACGAAAGGACCUGACGUAGCCCUGAAACAUCACUACAGACAAUAAACACGUUGUUACGUAUAAACAUUUCAUGUUUUGAUGUUCUAAAUGUCUAGACCUGAGAUGGAUAAGACUGCCCGGAUAUAUAUCCCCUGAUAUUAAAUUUCAUUGCAGAAUUUGUGUUGACAGAGUGAAUGAGUGAGUUUAGGUUAUCGGCGCUUUUAACAGUUUUCAAUCAUAUCACCACAUGUGAUUCAGCCUAUAACUGCCUAUCAAUUGCCUUAUACAAACGCUCAUUGAAAUCUACAUGGGCACAUACUGGAGACUUAUUCUCUUGCACUGACGGUAAGAAGAUGAGGGAAAACCUGAAGUGAUGCAGUUCUUAGCCGUUUACCAAUUUGAUGACAACCAAGCACAGGUAUGGUGAUGACAAACCAAACAUCACCACGGAGAACCUGUAAUUCGAACCCACUAUCAUAGGAUCCUUGCAUACCUGAGGAGGGCAACUCUACUCAGAGAAUUGCGGUGCUUGCGAAUUGCGGCGUCAGACAACAAACACACACUUACUUUUCUUUGGAAUUUGUAUGAGUUGAGGGCGCCGAAGGUCAGACAGGGCAUGCUUACUCUUUUAGCAAACACCUGGUAUCAUGACUGAUGUUUUGUGUCCAUGCAUAUAACGUUUACCGCAAUGGUGCUUUUCACGCCCAAUGGAUAUUUAGACAACUGGGCAACCGUGGCCAAGUUUAAACUAUUGUUACGUUACUCACUCUGUUCGUGGGUAUCGGUACUUUAUACUCGCGUUGUAUGGUCUCUAUACGCCCCACCUGCACAGAGGACACUGGAGGCGCUGGCCGCAACGAAUGGGCAGAGGCUAGGACAUGCUGUGCAGGCAGCUAGUGCAAUAGAGCAUAGGAGAUAACGUGCAACGUUUUUGAACAAUGGGCUGCUGUUUGUCUAAACGUAAUGUUUACAAAGCUGACGACUACGACCUGUCGAAUGUGGACUACACGGACGCUCCAGAUGGUUCCGGCUUGAAGCUCUGCACAGUGGACGCUCGGGCAUCUGCCAGGCGUGAUGUACACAGACCAGAGCGCCCCCAUGUCCGCCAGGGAGAGAUGUGGACGGACACUGAGUUUACUCUCCCGGUUGCAGUUACAGAUAAUGCCAGCAAACAUCUCCUCUGGAUGAGGCCUCACGAAUUCGUCUCUGACCCUGUCCUGUUCGCCAAUGGAACCUUCAGACUGGACAUUCAGCAAAGGAACUUUGGAACAUGCUGGUUCCUGUCCAUGCUGUCAACACUUGCAGACAAGCCGGAUCUGUGUAAACAGGUGAUCAACGAGGGAUCGUACACCCCCAAAACAGACGGGAUCUGCCACUGCCGACUGUGGAGAUUUGGGGAGUGGGAGGAUGUCUACAUAGACGACUAUCUCCCCGUAUUUCCCGACGGCAGGAACCUAUACGGAGCUGCGUCCGCGACAGCAAGGAACGAAAUGUGGGUCCCUCUCAUGGAAAAGGCUCUAGCAAGGCUACACGGGUCGUACAGCGUGGUGGAAGGGGGGUACUCGAGCGAUGCCUAUCUGAUGCUCACUGGGGGCAUAGCUGAGAAGAUCGACUUCUACAACACACAGUCUAGGGCUGCAGCGCACAGCAUGUUCCGCCGGAUCAGCAACGCGCUCAACACGGGGUCCCUGGUCACAUGUAGUGUUUCGCAACGGCAUCACGGUAUAAUGGGUUUGAUGGGACCACACGCCUAUUCGCUCAGCGGAACGUACAUGGUGACGAGGCGUGAUGGCGAGAAGGUGCCCCUCCUGAGUAUACGUAACCCCCACGGCAGCCACGAGUGGACAGGGAGGUGGUGUGACGGGAGCGGGGAGUGGGCCACCCUGGCGGAGGGGUCUCACAUCCACAGGAACAGGAAUGAGGGAGAGUUCUGGAUAGAUGUCGCCGACUUCCUGAGAUAUUUCAGACAGGUCACAAUCUGCUCUCUCACUCCCGACUUUGACAAAGAUGGGCGAUCUGACUCACUGAAUUACGUACUGAGGGUAUUUAGCGAAUGGCGAGGAAAAUCCGCUGCUGGCCCGGGUAGCUGGUUGAGCCAAAAACUCCGCAACCCCAGGAUUGCCUUCACAGUCCCGAAAACAGAUGAAGACUACACACCUGUCGUGGUGCAGCUGAUUCAGAAGGCGGAGUAUGGUGACUAUGCUGCUAUUCGGUGUGACGUGUUCAGAGUAGUCAGUGGUGACGAACGGUCCGGAACACUAUACGUGGAUGAUAUCCCAAACGCGGACCCCAGUCGACUGUACAUCGAGAGCCUCCAGUGGUCCUCCCGCUACAAGCUGAGUCCAGGCCGCUACAUUGUCCUUCCGUCCACGUACACCAGCGGCAUGGAGAGAGAGUUCCUCAUACGGGUGUAUACCCCGUGUCCCUUGUACAACUGCGGGAGUAUACCAGGGGAGGUAACGCUCAAACCAGAAGGCGUGUGUUUAUGCUGAUUUAUACCCGGGGAGGUAACGCUCAAACCUCAAGGUGUUUUCUUGCUGCGGUAUACAAAGGGAGGUAAAUCUCAAACCAGAAGACGUUUGUUGAUUCAGUACACCAGGGGAGGUAACUCUCAAACCAGAAGACGUUUGUUGAUUCAGUACACCAGGGGAGGUAACUCUCAAACCAGAAGACGUUUGUUGAUUCAGUACACCAGGGGAGGUAACUCUCAAACCAGAAGACGUUUGUUGAUUCAGUACACCAGGAGAGGUAACUCUCAAACCAGAAGACGUUUGUUGAUUCAGUACACCAGGGGAGGUAACUCUCAAACCAGAAGGCGUGUGUUUAUGCUGAUUUAGUAUACCAGGGGAGGUAACGCUCAAACCCCAAGGUGUUUUCUUGCUGCGGUAUACAAAGGGAGGUAAAUCUCAAACCAGAAGACGUUUGUUGAUUCAGUACACCAGGAGAGGUAACUCUCAAACCAGAAGACGUUUGUUGAUUCAGUACACCAGGGGAGGUAACUCUCAAACCAGAAGGCGUGUGUUUAUGCUGAUUUAGUAUACCAGGGGAGGUAACGCUCAAACCCCAAGGUGUUUUCUUGCUGCGGUAUACAAAGGGAGGUAAAUCUCAAACCAGAAGACGUUUGUUGAUUCAGUACACCAGGGGAGGUAACUCUCAAACCUGAGACGUUUGUUGAUUCAGUAUACCAGGGGAGGUAACUCUCAAAUCAGACGACAUUUGUUUAUAUUGAUUCACUGUCGUGUUACAACAACAUAUUUGUUCCGGAGCACCGAAAACAAAUGUCAUACCUCUGAAAUUAUCAGCUGGAUAGAUAAUGUACAAGCUACAGGUGAAGACAGCGGAACAAGUGUUUUCUAGCAUGUUGAGAUGUGGUAUUCCACAUGUUAACAUUGUAGAAUGAGGAUGAUGUCGAACUUGGCGGAAUUGUGUGCCCCGACGGCGUGGAUGUUUGCUCAUGCAUGGAACCACUGGUUCACAUGGCACAGACUUGAGUACUUUACGGGCAGCCAUUGAAACGUGUUUGUUUAUUGUUAAACUCCACUAACAAUAAUCCAGCUAUAUGACGACGGUCUGUGAAUAUUCGAGACUGAAUCAGACAGAUAUCAUAACGUCAAUCAAGCAAACGACCAAGCCACCGAGCCUGGCCCUACGUCGCCUCCUACGACAAGCAUUGAUUUGUGGGGACCAAUUCUAACCCGGAAUACCCACUGGGGCUACAGGCCGCCGUUUUAUAGCUGAAAUAUUGUUUAUGCGACAUAAAGCAAUAUUUUUUUUAAUCCCAUAUAUUCAUCUAUUUGUAUAAAACUUUGCAAUUAAAUUAUGUUUUGUUUGA